AUGAUCUCUCGAGGAUCCUUCUUAUGCCCCAUUCGGCGAGGGCUUCGUACGCCUCCGCGGUGCCGCAGCACCAGCUCCAUUGCCCCACCCUCACCACCCACACCACCCACAAGACCACCCACGAGCGAAAUACCUCAACAUCCCAUUGCAGCUUCCUCGAGAAUCGGUGAUUUGAAAUCCGCAAAACCCUUCUCUGAAUUUCUCACCGAUUCUUUCAACCGCCAGCAUGACUACCUACGAAUCAGUAUCUCCGAACGCUGCAAUCUCCGCUGUUUAUACUGCAUGCCAGAAGAAGGGGUGGAAUUAUCUCCACAAUCCCACCUGUUAACAUCCCCGGAAAUCCUGUACUUGUCGUCUCUCUUUGUUUCCCAGGGCGUUACAAAGAUCCGGUUGACAGGCGGAGAACCAACCGUCCGCAAGGACAUAAUUCCGUUGAUGCAGCAAAUUGGCCAGCUGCGACAGCACGGCCUCCGCGAGAUUUGUCUCACAACAAAUGGAAUAUCCUUGCACCGAAAGCUUGAGCCCAUGGUCGAAGCAGGGCUAACGGGUGUAAAUCUAAGCCUCGAUACCCUGGACCCAUUUCAAUUCCAAAUCAUGACACGGCGCAAAGGGUUCGAGGCCGUGAUGAGAAGCAUUGAGCGGAUACUGGAUAUGAACAAAGCCGGAGCGGGGAUUAAGCUGAAAAUCAACUGCGUCGUAAUGCGCGGUAUGAAUGAUCGUGAAAUUGUCCCAUUUGUGGAGCUUGGUCGUGAGAAGCCUGUCGAGGUGCGCUUCAUUGAAUAUAUGCCAUUUGACGGUAAUAAGUGGAAUAAGAAAAAAAUGCUGCCCUACCAAGAAAUGUUGGCUAUCAUUCGGGAGAAAUAUCCUGCGCUGGAAAAAGUGACGGACCACAAGAAUGAUACCAGCAAGACAUACCGUGUGCCUGGUUUCGAGGGCCGCGUUGGGUUUAUCACGAGCAUGACGCAUAACUUUUGUGGAACUUGCAAUCGGUUGCGUAUCACAGGUGAUGGCAAUUUGAAGGUUUGUCUCUUUGGGAAUUCCGAGGUUUCACUGCGGGAUAUCAUCCGGAGGGAGAACGGUGGGAAUCCAAUUGAUGAGGAGGCAUUGCAGAAUCUUCGACUUUUGGAAACAGUACAGAGUGCAGCUCAUCUCAGUGAUCAAGGUGUUUUGACACAUGAAAGGGAGCGGGAAAUUCUGAAUAUCAUUGGAAUGGCUGUUAAGCGCAAAAAGGCAAAGCAUGCUGGCAUUGGCCAGCUUGAAAAUAUGAAAAACCGACCUAUGAUUCUUAUCGGUGGCACCGAAGACAAAGAAUACACACCACAGAAAUCUCAAAAGCCCAACCCUCGCUCUCUUCCAAACAUAUCUGAUUCCGAACUUCCGCACCUCACCCCCAACCAAACAGUUCACAUGACGAAGAUCACCGAAAAGCCCGAAACGAAGAGACUAGCAACUGCAGCCUGUAUAGUCUCCUUCUCCAAAAUAAAGCCAUGGGAGCUUCUGCGACACGGACAGGGGUCCCACAAGGGCGACGUAUUCAGCAUUGCUCGAAUUGCAGGCAUUAUGGCGGCUAAGCGCACUCCAGACAUUGUCCCCCUAUGUCACCCAGGGAUUGGCAUUACCGGGGCGGAGGUUAGUGUUGAGCUGAUCGACCCUCGAUCUACUAGCGGUUAUGAAUGUGGCGCGAUGGAAAUCGUUGCCACUGUCAGCUGCUUUGGUCGAACGGGAGUCGAAAUGGAGGCCAUGAGUGCCACUAUGGGCUCGGCAUUGACAGUCUAUGAUAUGCUCAAGGCAGUAGAUAAAGGCAUGAUCAUUGGGGAUGUACGAUUGAUAGAAAAGCAAGGUGGAAAAAGUGGCCACUGGGUGCGCGAGUCACCAGGUGAAGUUGCAUGA